AUGAACGGUUACAGUUUGUGGCUUGAGAGGACUUGGCUCAUCAUGAAAAUGUUCAGCGGCUGGCAGGGGGUUUGGCCAGCCAGCACAGUGGUAAGAUCACAAGCAGGAGCAGUAUUAAGUGGGGAUCGAUCACUCCGCGCAGCGUAUUUUGCUCAGGCUGAGCAUAUCUCAGGCAACCUGCAACAGCCAAGUGCUGGGCGACCAAAGAAACCGCAGAGGGAAUACCAGUUACAAGCCAAAUGGCUGAAUCAACAACGACUGCACCAGCACGAGACAGGAAAAGCCCUCAGGAGCCCUAGCUUUCAAGGCGUGCUAGGUAGCCCCAAGAGGCCCUAUGUUGGAUGGAGGAGAGCAAGCCAAGUGCUGAACCUAGAUAGAGGAUACAUAGAUACAGAUACCGGGAGUCCCAAAUACGCAGAGGCAAGCCGGGGCCCCUACUCGAAAGUGGAGCCUGGAUUGGGUCCCCCGCGCUGUCAGUGGUGCCUUGGUGACAGAGCCCAGCGCCGUUGCAGCGAGCAGCAGAGACUUGCAGCGUGCAUAGAAAACGGGGAGGAGCGUCUCCACUCGCCUCUUUUCUCCUCUUUCUCGUUUCCUCAUCUCCUGGCCCAAUUCUCGCUUCUAAUCUUGCUCUCCCACUUCGACUUCGUCAACCUCACCACCUCCAUCACCCCCACGACCGACCUGGACAUCCAGCUCGUCCUGGAGUUGGAGUCGCGCCACCCUCGCAUCACCACUGUGAGGACUGCGUCAUAA